CGGCAGUCGUGCCCACGCACGCCUGCUGUUUGUCGCCGUCUGGGUAGACGUUACGUUGUCGUGCGUUGUCGUUGUUAGUUGCCCUUGUGAGAACAGUUGUGUUACAUGGCCGACGUGCUCCGCAAGCUGCCGCGGGUCCUCCUCGUCGUGAUUCUGCUUGUAGUUGUCGUCCUUGUUCAGGUGUGCAUAUUGGGGAGGUUGCCUUCACGUACUCGCAGGAAACGAGGGGUGAGGAAGAGCGUGGCCAUGGACGGGCGGCGGCCGAGUGUUGCCACGUUGUCCCACACUUAUCCCAGCCACCGGCCUGCGAUCUGCACCGGUGUAGACAGAAGGGCGGCAGGUCCGUCGCCGUACAAAGGACUCCCGCCUCACAUGCAGCCUCUGCCCGAUUCGGACGAGGGGGAGGCGGACGUGGACGUGUCCAACACCGUUCCGCUGGGUAGCGGGUCGACCCAGGAAUGGACGGGUAGCCAGUUGUUUGAUCGGCGCGGAGCGAAGUACAGGCAGUCGUUCACUUCCCUCCUCCACGAAGGUGCCCAGGAAGAGGAACGCCUCCCCCCUGUGGAUCUCACAUUUGGCCUGCGGAGCGGGAGCCCAUCUUCUGCCACGCGCACUGUGCUCCUGAACCCUCAUCCCGAUGACGACGAGGGGCAGGUGAAAUUGGUCGGCAGCGGCACGAGGGGUGGUUCUGCGCGUCAGGAGACGUCCGAGAAGACGAGGGAGCGGCCUCGAGUGCAGGCGACUUCUAGCCCGUCAAUUCCACACACCACCGCUGGUCGCCCUGAGUGGAUGAACCCCCCUCCUGCGUUCUCCAGGGGCUGCGACACCGUUCCUCGUCCAGUUGAACGGGGUGUGAGUGCGGAAGACUUCCCUUUCGAGGGUGCGCGUGGAGAUGGCAGGCGGGUAUGGAAGGAGUCAAGGCAGGAGUUGCGGCGUCAGCAAGAAGAGUCCAUAACGCAAGGUGUGCAGCGAUUACGCGUGGGCGGGCGGGCCGGGCAAGCAGACGCGGUUGGCGGGGGGGGUGACGUCUCGACAGACGGUGACGAAGUUGAGUGCAACGCUGAGGAGGACGACAGCGGUGACGUGUUCCCGUUGCGUGCGCCGAACAUGGGUGGCAAGGGCGGCAGAGGCAGGGCUUCGACGAAUGCUGGGCGGAGGCGGAAAAGGCCGUCGGGGACCUCUGCUGAUGCGGAAGGUGAGGGGGAUGGGGAGGGUGGCCAGAAUUUCUCGUUUGUGGAUCACAUGGUGGCCCUCAUAAGGGCGAAGCGGGAUCAGGACGCCCAACUGCAAGCGGCGGGGCACGCAUUCACUCGGAUGUGGUCGAGGGAGUGGAAAUGGUUGGACGUCCGAGAGAGGUUGCAAGGAGGUGACCACGCACAGCCACCCGCCGCUGCUGCUGAUGACGACGAUGAUGUCGACGAUGAUGACGUUGAUGAUGAUGAUGAUAACGGUGACGAUGAUGAUGACGGUGACGACAGCGAUGAUGAUGAAGACGAUGUUCAUGAUGAUGCUGACGAUCGUGAUGCUGACGAUCGUGAUGCAGACGAUCGUGAUGAUGACAGUGACGAUGAUGAUGGUGAUGAUGGUGAUGAUGAAGAUGAUGAAGAUGAUGAUGAUGAUGAAGAUGAUGAUGACGAUGUGCAAGAUUAAAGAUGAUGAUGAUGAUGACGAUGAUGAUGACUAAGGUGGUGAUGGUGAUGACGACGAUAGUGGCGACGACGACGAUGUCGUCGAUGAUGAUGGGGACAGGAGUUGGCAUGGUGUGUGAAUAGCGGUUGCGCGAGUUUCGUAGACUGUCUUCUACUUCCUUCGCGUCGAGUUGUUUCCUGUUGUUAAAGCGGUUGUCGAGUACUGGUGAGAGUUUGGUUUCAUAUAGCUGACAGCAAAGUGUAGUCGACAUGCACGUCUUUUCAUUGAAGGGGCCACUCAUCGUCGAGUGUGCGGUGUCAUUAACGU